GAGUAACGAGCGCGCUUGAUUCAAAAUGGGCAGAACGGUUUCGUGAACUUGAAGAAUUGGAAAUUAAUAGAAGAGAAGAGCUGAACAAGCAGAUGAGGGAGGCAAGGCUUAAACUAGAGAAAGAAAUGCAUCAGGCGAGAAUUGAGCAUGAGAUGGCUAUGAAGAAACGGGAAAUACAACGACGUCGAGAUGAGCUUCGGAAGCUUGAAGAAGAAGUUUUUGGUAAUGAUAUUGAACAUCAACUGUCGGACAGGGAAAGUAGUAGUAACGCUCGUGAACCAGAUAAAAACCCAGUCCAGCAACCUUCAACCCCAAUCGACAGAAGCAGUUUAAGUCAGCGCUUGGCGAUACCUCCUACCGGAAAUUGUGUACCCCAAGAAAGUAUAAUAACCAGUGGAACUGGAUGUCAAACUCAGCAAAGCUUGCAACGAGACAAUUCGUCGCAGUUACAAUAUCUAUUAGAGAAGCAGCAGAUUACGAUGGACGAAGUAGUGAAGGGAUUAAGAAUGCCUCAAAGGGAAUACAUGAGUUUUGAUGGCGAACCUCGCAACUUUCCGUUGUUCAUGAAGAAUUUUGAAGUGAAUGUCGAGAGUAAAGAAAGUAAUGAUGCAGAUCGACUGAAUUACCUUAUUCAGUAUUGUAAAGGAACAGCAAGACAAGCGAUAGAGCAUUGCAUCAUUAUGCCUCCGGAUCAAGGAUACAAGCGUGCUAAGGAAAUCCUGAGAAAAAACUUUGGUCGAAAUCACAUCGUAACCCAAGCAUUCCUUGAGAAAGUCUUGAAUGGACCGCCAAUUAGAGUAAACGAAGCCGAGAAAUUGUCGCAGCUAGCAAGAGAUAUGGAAACGUGUCUCCUUGGUUCUAUUCAGUUAGGAAAUCGGGCAAGUAUCAAUUCGAUGGACACUCUGGGAAGGGUAGUUAGCCGCCUUCCAAUGCAUCUCAAGUCAAAAUGGGCUGAUAAAGCAAGCCAUAUGUACGACAAUCACAUCACACCAGAUUUCUCUCAUUUAACUGAAUUCAUACAAUCCCGCGCAGCCGUGGCUAGUACGUACUUUGGUCAAAUGAUUACCUCGAAAAAUGAAACCCGAAAGGAUGGAACUGACAGAUUGAAGAAGAAAUCCUUCUUGUUUAGUGGGAAUAGCACAAACUUAGCAACUCACAGCCAGAGAAUAUUUGACAGUAGUGAAUCAAAGGGAAGAAAUUUAUCCUGCGUACUAUGCAAAGGCACACACCAUCUUGAACGCUGUCACAAGUUCAGGGCUCAAAAUCUUCAGCAACGACAAGACCUAGUAAAGACGCACAAAGUUUGUCAUGCUUGCUUGAGCCCAGGACAUUUCGUGAAAGACUGCAGAGGUGCCCGCAUAUGCGGUGUUGAAGGUUGUCAGAGAAGGCACCAUCCUUUGUUACACUCAUCCGAAAUAAAGGCUAAGGAUUCUAAAUCAAGUGAAAGGAGUAAUCCAAAUCCUGAACCAUCUGAAAGCGACAGCCAAUCCAAAGCACUCCCAACGUCUGGAGUUGGCGCGACAAAUUCAUCAUAUAGCAGUUGUCGUAUAGGUUUGCAAGUUAUUCCAGUUAAGGUCAGCGCACCCUAUGGUAGUCGUGUGAUAGAAACUUAUGCGUUCUUAGACAGCGGCUCCAACACAACCAUGUGCUUAACCAGUUUAGCUGAAGAUCUUGGAGCCGAUUGCUCACCCAUCGAAUUCACGUUAGCGACUGUUUCAGGCAGCCACAAAAGUAAGGGUCAACAGUUAUCUCUCGAUGUGGUUGGAGUAUCCACGGGCAAAGGUGUCAGACUAGAUAAAGUUUGGACGACCAACACUCUUCCUGUUGCUCUAGAAAGUAUUCCCACGAACACUGAUGUAAAAGGGUGGUCUCACCUUAAAGGCGUUAAUCUAACCGAUUUAGUGGAUAAGAAAGUCACUAUCCUUAUUGGAAGUGACGUUCCCGAAGCUCUUGGCCCCCUUGAAGUGCGUUCUGGGAAAAGAAAUCAACCCUACGCAAUACGGACAAUCCUCGGUUGGACGGUGAUGGGACCUCUGAAGGAAAACCUUAUCAAGAAGCUCAGAUGA